AUGAAUGGACCGUACCCUUUGGGGUCCAGCUGUAGCAUCAUGAAUCUGUGGCUCAGCACUCAUUUCCUGGUCGCGGGGCUGUUUCUGAGCAGCUGGGCUCUGACACCUGAGGAAUGCCGGCCUCUAAUCACGCCUUUGUCUAUGAAGCCCUCCAUGAUAUACGGCAAGUCACACUUCCUCUUUGGUUACACUGAUAAUGAAGUUUACAACGGCUUCAUGAAGAACAUCGAGAGCUACAAGAAUAAUGUCAUCCCGUCAACAUUCGGCCCAAAUGCACUUAAUGUGUCUACGGAGAACAAGUUAAAUGGAACCUGCCUGUCUUUAAACAUGAACGCAACCGUUGAAGACAAUACUCUAAUAAUGAAAUUCGACAACUUCACAUCCCUGAACCACAUGUUGCCGACCUGUGACGGCUGUCUGCUCUAUAGCUUCAACCGCACCGUCACAUACCUGGACAAAAUGUACAAGAAGAUGGGACUCAACGAUGACAUUACAGCGGAGGAGCACAUCAUGAGUGGUCUUCAUCUGUUUGCAAGAGGAACAACCUUGAAGGACUCUGAGCUGGAACAUUUCAGGAAGCAGGCGAGCUGCCUCGGCUUCAACAGAGAACCAGACUUUAUCUACGACCCCAAGAACGAUUUCUGUGCUGAAGGCGAGGGGCUGAAGAUGAUCGACGAAGAGCAACACUCAUUAGAUAUUUCAACUGAAACUGAGUAGAGACAAAAAGUGACUAAAAACAUGUCUUUUUUAUUCAUAAUCUAAUGAAACACAAACAGGUUUUCAAACUGUGGAGGUGUGGAUGGAGAGAGUUGAGGUAAAGAUACUGUGUGGAGUGCA